AGAUUCCCUUCUAUAAAUCUAUAUAGAAGCAGAUAAACGUAGCACGCCAAACCACCUAGAGAGAGUUGAUCGACUCAACACCUAGCAGAAUUUCCCGCUAAAGGUUCCACUUCUCACAGCAGUAUUCAAUCUCUUUUUCCCUUCUCAUCAGGCAUAAUGGCUCCGCCGAAGGCUUCUUUCCCAGCCCGCCUCUUCGCGGGCGAUUUCAUGGGCAUUAACUGGAACCGUGUGAGCUGGAUGGCGCCGUACAACAACUUCUACCCCAUCACCAUGUGUGGCGGCUGGGGCGGUCGCAUGUGGUCUUCCUUUAUUCAGUACGGCCGCUUCGAUAACCGUGCCGCGCUUAUCCCGGUGCGCAACAUGGUACUCUUCAUCCCAUCUGCCCUCUGCGCCCUCAUGAUGCUCGGCAACAUGGACUGGUACCAGUCGAUGCAGUGCGCCUUCUACCUGCCCGGCAUUGCGAUGCCGCAAUGGGCGCAGGAUAAGUACGCAAAGGAAAUGGAUUGGUAUAGCUGGAACAAGCCGGGUGCGAUGGCGAAGCACCACUACUCCGGCACUGUGUCCAUCCCGGGCACCGAGAACUUCGUGGGGGAGAUGUAA